CUCAGUUUCUUUUGUAUGUUCAGUUGUCUGAUGUAAUUAUGGAUCGCGUUACCUUUAAGGUUAAUGGAGUUGAAUAUUCAGUUGGUAGCGAAGUGAACACAGAUGUGACGUUGCUGCAGUACCUGCGUCGCCAGCUGCGGCUGGUCGGCACCAAGUACAUGUGCCUGGAAGCAGGCUGCGGUGCCUGCAUCGUGACCGCGGUGCGGGGCCCGGACACUCCGCCCACCGCUGUCAACUCGUGCAUGGUGCUGGUGACGUCGUGCCAGGGCUGGGACAUCACGACGGUGGAAGGAGCAGGCGGGCGGCUGGCGGGCUACAGUCAGGUGCAGACUACGCUGGCGCAGCACAACGGCACGCAGUGCGGCUACUGCACCCCCGGCUGGGUCAUGGCCAUGCAUAGUUUACUUCAAAGCCGAAAAAACUUAACUAUGCUUGAAAUAGAACAAUCGUUUGGAAGCAACAUCUGCAGGUGCACUGGAUACAGGACAAUCCUUGAGGCGUUUAAAACAUUCGCAGUAGAUGCUCCUGUAUCAAAAGGAAUCAUGGAUAUAGAAGACUUGCAUAUAUGUAAGCGCAAGGGCGAUGGAUGUAAAAAAACCAAUUGCGAUGACUACGACUGGUGUAUGGUAUUAAAAGAGGAACUUGAUAAAACAGUGCACAUAAAACUUCAAGACGGAAGGGAUUGGUACAGGGUAUAUGACUUAAAUGAGGUUUUUAAAAUUAUAUUAUCUAAAGGACAAGACUCAUAUAUGUUAGUUGCAGGAAACACAGCAAAAGGGGCGUAUCCAAUAGCGGAAUAUCCACAGAUGUUAAUCGAUAUCAGUGGAAUAUCAGAAUUAAAAGGAUUUGUAAUCGAUCAGAACUUAGUUUUGGGAUCUGGGACUACACUUUCGCAGGCUUUGGAUAUUUUCAAGUCUUUGUCGGCUGAGAAACCAAAUUUUAGUUAUUUAGGGAAACUACACGAUCACAUUCAAAUGGUAGCUCAUAUUCCUGUGAGGAAUAUCGGUACAAUAGCUGGUAACUUGAUGACGAAACACAAACAUCGUGACUUUGCUUCUGACUUAUAUCUUUUGUUCGAAACAAUUGGUGCACAAUUGACUAUUUUAAGUUCUACAGAGAAAAAGGUUGUAACAAUGCAAGAAUUUUUAAAUACUGAUAUGACAGGAAAAGUAAUCCUGAACAUACUUUGUCCGCCUUUGUCUGAAGACUACAAUUUAGUCACUUAUAAGAUAAUGCCCCGAUCACAAAGUGUCCAUGCUAUAACCAACGCAGGAUUUCUUUACAAACUUGAUAAAAACAGUAACGUACUAGAGAGCAGGUUAGUAUUUGGUGGUCUAUCGCCGACGUUUACCAGAGCCAGUAAAACUGAAAGUUACUUGAAGGGAAAGUAUCUAUUCUCAAACGAGACCCUACAGGCAGCCAUCAAAGUACUGAAUGAUGAACUGGUCAUAACACGGGAGCUGCCCAAGCUUUCCGUAGAGUAUAGAAGACGACUUGCCAUUGGACUGUUUUAUAAGGGUCUUCUACACCUCUGUCCAUCAAAUGUAGUCGGUGCAAGAUACCGUUCUGGAGCAGUGGCCAUUCACGACACACGCCCUGUGAGCCAGGGUACCCAGGAGAUUCAGACCGACCCCACUUUGUGGCCGCUUACUAAACCCAUUCCAAAGAUCGAGGCACUGAGGCAGUGUUCUGGUGAAACAAUUUAUAGUGAUGACUUGCCACCUAUUAAAAAUGAAGUGUUCAUAUCAUUCGUGCUGAGCACAGUACCUUUGGGACAUAUUGACUUGAUUGAUCCUAGUAUGGCUCUGAAAGAACCAGGAGUUGUAGCGUUUUAUUCCGCCAAAGAUAUACCCGGACUUAACUCUUUCAGUCCAGUUGAUGAUCUGUUUUUCUUAAAAGAUGAAGAGAUAUUAUGUAGUGGUGAAAUACAAUAUUACAACCAAGCUGUUGGUGUGAUUGUGGCAGAAACGCAACAGAUCGCGGACAGAGCGGCCAAGCUCGUCACCGUCUCUUACAGCAACGUUAAAAAACCAGUUAUAGAUGUUACAGAAGCUAUAAAAGAUCCGAAUAGACUGAGCCUUUACACUUCAAUAACAGCAACAAAUAACGGCUCAGAUGUAUCGAAAGUUAUAAACGGAUCCAUGACCAUUUAUCAACAAUAUCCAUUUUGUAUGGAAACUUUGUGCAGCCUUUCUAUUCCAUCAGAAGAUGGAUUAGAAGUUCACGCGGCAACACAACUAUCAAUGGGCGUACAGGUUGUUAUUUCUCGAGCUUUAAAUAUUUCACUAAAUAAGAUAGAUGUGUACGUUCGACAAGUGGGCGGCGCUUAUGGAUACAAGUUGUCACGCAACAAUCAAGGCAUCGUGGCCGCCAGUCUCGCCACCAUGCGCCUCGGUCGGCCCUGUCGCUUUGUACAAAAGCUCACAACGAAUCUCAGAGCCGUCGGCAAAAGGUGUCCAUGUACUACAAAUUACGAGGUGGGAGUAAACGCCACUGGUGUAAUACAAUACUUGAAAUGCAACUUGUACUCUGACAACGGAUACAUAUUUAAUGAGCCGUUAAUAAUGCUCGCCGUGCCGGUCGUCAACAACUGCUACAACAAAGCAACUUGGAACUACAAUUUGUACAACGUUGUUACUGACACCGCAUCAAACACAUGGAUCCGGUCACCAGGAUCGUUGGAAGCAAUUGCAAACGCCGAGCUGUUAAUGGAAAGAAUUUCCUACGAAAUGAGCCUAGAUCCGGUCCAGGUUCGUCUAGCUAACCUAGACCUGGCUAGUAGUGCAGUUCAGGAAAUGUGGGAUAAUUUAAAAAUAAAAUCACAAUAUGACGAGAGGCGUGAGGCCGUGCAGAAAUUCAAUGUAGAAAACAGAUGGUUGAAACGUGGCUUGAGAGUAGCUUUCAUGAGGUGGUCGUCUCUGAACACUACGUUUACAUCGGCGAAUGUAUCAGUGUUCUCCGAUGAUGGAACUGUUGCCAUCACACAUGGAGGUAUCGAGAUUGGGCAGGGCAUCAACACCAAGCUCGCUCAGAUAUGUGCCUACUUCCUCCAAAUACCCAUGAGUAAAAUUUUAGUGAAAGGGCAAAAUACAUUUAUUUCUCCUAAUGCAGCUCCAACUUCAGGAAGUGUGGCAUCACUUAACGUCGCCCUGUGUGUCCAAAGAGCUUGUGAAGAUUUACUACAAAGAUUAGAACCGGUCAGAAAACAGAUGGGUGGAAACCCCACUUGGGAGGAACUUGUAAAGAAAGCAUAUAAAUCUAACAUUGACUUACAAGGUCGAGGAAUUCUUAAUUUAGGAGACGAGAAUUCGUCACAAAUUUAUGGUGUUAUUGUAACCGAAGUUGAAAUCGACAUAUUAACUGGACAAUCUGAAAUAAUACGUGUAGAUCUAUUAGAAGACGUAGGACAAAGCGUUAGUCCUGAAAUAGACAUUGGUCAGAUCGAAGGAGCUUUUAUCAUGGGUCUAGGAUAUUGGACUUGUGAAAAAAUGGAAUAUGAACCGAGCACAGGAGAGGUGCUUUCUGAUCGUACGUGGAACUACUGGGUACCACAAGCUAAGGACAUUGCGCAAGAUUUCCGUAUUUAUUUCAGAGAGAAGUCUUAUAGCACCAACACUUAUCUUGGGGCUAAAGCUACUGGGGAACCGGGGACUUCUUUGGCAGUAGCAAUACCGCUGGCCAUGCGUGAGGCAAUCUCUGCGGCAAGACUAGACUCCGGCAUACCGACCAACCAGUGGUUCCAAAUCGAUGGUCCGUACACCACUGAGCAGAUAUGUUUAGCGGCGGCCACAAAAUUUGAAGAUUUUAAAUAUUAUUAAUGAGUAACUAAUUAUUUUAAACCUUGCCGUUUUUUCUAAAUGUGUAACAAUAUAUUUGAAAUAUUUGUUAAAACCAGCGCCUGUAAAAAAUUUAUAGCAAAUUAUUCGCAAGUAGCUAUAUCUGGGCAUCAUACUUCGCAUUAUAAAUUGAUCAGAAUUGACCGUAUGAUCGUUCCAAAACCUUUUACCAUUUUUGCGGUUAGCUAUAAAAAUAAUCAUCAUCAAUAUGACAAAUAUCCUUCUCCUUAUCAUUGUGAUUAAAUUUGUAAUAAUAUAAAACAAAGUAGAAACAGAAUAAAUCACUCCAAAGUAGGCGCGUCGUCACAAAAACAACUGAUUUCCUAUAUUAUCUGCCUGUCUUACUUUGAUUUACACAAAUCCUUUAAAACGAGAUUCAAUCAUAGAGAGAUCUAAAAGUGUUUCCUGUUAUUGGUUUGUUUUUUUUAACCGUACAUAAAAACGCGAGCCAAUACGAAGC